UCACUGUCGCUGGUCAGGGUGUGGUUAGGGAUUCACAAGGUCUAGUCCUGUAUUCACUGUCGCUGGUCAGGGUGUGGUUAGGGAUUCACAAGGUCUAGUCCUGUAUUCACUGUCGCUGGUCAGGGUGUGGUUAGGGAUUCACAAGGUCUAGUCCUGUAUUCACUGUUGCUGGUCAGGGUGUGGUUAGGGAUUCACAAGGUCUAGUCCUGUAUUCACUGUUGCUGGUCAGGGUGUGGUUAGGGAGUCAGAAGGUGUUUGCGGUUUCACUGUGGUUACUUUUUAACUCGGGACUAUAAAGCUCUAAAACUGACUGACACAAAGUCUAAACCCUCAUCUCCAGCGUCACACUCUGGCACAGCCUAUAAUAAAAACAUAUUGCUGUUGUGAUGUUAAGAUUUCUGAGGCGUGAUUGGAGGUGACCCUCUCUCCUCCCACUCCCACCCACGCGCUCCAGGCCAGGUUUUCCAGCUCUCUCUCUCUCACGUCUCCAGCGCUGACAUCACUGCUGCACUCCUAGUCUAUAGUGUAGCUAGUGUGAACAGCAGGCUCUGCUCACACACACCAGGGAGAGAGAGACACACACACAGCGCUGAGACACAGAGCUGUGCUGGACAGUCCUGCACACAUGUGACACAGCAAGGGAAUCCCAGCAGGGCAAACUGGGAGCACAAACUGGCAUAUACUGGGGGCAGAACACUUUGAACAAGUACUGACUGGGAAUAGGAAAUCCAGAACCAGUAGAAAUCAGGAGCUGAUAACUCUGGCCAGCACAGGCAGACACACUUUCAACCAACAAAACUGUGUCGAGAAAGAGAGGAAGAGAGGAAGAGGAGUACUGAACCAUGCCAGCAGCCCUGCAAACCAGCUCAUAAAGAACAGGAAACCACUGCAGUGCUGCUCUGUUUCUCUGUCUGGUGCAGUGGUGCUGAGGUGCCCGGCUCGCUCAUGAUCUCACACUGCCCUUUCGGGGUGCUGCAUCCCUGGAGCCCCACCAGAGAGACCCCCUUCCUCUUCGACCGGCGCCGCUCCAUCAUCAGAGACAUCCAGCAGAGCCUGGAGCUGGAGCUGCUGGAGGAGCCCAACGUGGCCCUGCAGAGAUAUCAGGCAAAGGCCCCUGAGGACAACGGCUCCUGGCAGAGUUCCGUCCAGGACUGGGGAGAGGAGGUGGAGGAGGGAGCCGUCUACAGUGUCACACUCAAGAGGGUCCAGAUCCAACAGGCUGCCAACAAGGGAGCACGCUGGCUGGGGGUGGAUGGUGACCGGCUGCCCCCCGGUCACACGAUCAGCCAGCUAGAGACGUGUAAGAUCCGCUCCAUCAAGGCCGGGACGCUGGAGCGGCUGGUGGAGACGCUGCUGACUGCCUUCGGGGACAACGACUUCACUUACAUCAGCAUCUUCCUGUCCACAUACCGGGCCUUCGCCAGCCCUGCGGACGUGCUGGGACUGCUGCUCGACAGGUACGCGAACCUGGAGAGCACUGGCAGUGACGAGCCUGGCAGCCCCACCAGCCCCCCUGACAGCAAAGCAGCUGUGCGCAAUGCCAUCGCCUCCAUCCUGCGUGCCUGGCUGGAUCAGUGCCCCGAGGAUUUCCACCAGCCCCCUGAGUACCCCAGCCUACACAAGGUUCUGGAGUACCUGCACAGGACCGUGCCGGGCUCCGACCCAGUGAGGCGAGCCCAGAACCUGCUGGAGCAGCUGCAGAGGCAGGACUGGAGCGAGUCGGAGAGCGAGGGUGGUUUCCAUGCCAACAGCAGCUUCUGCCUCGGUGAGGAUGAGGAAGUGGAGGUCGACGCUGCUGAGGAUUUCCUGAGCAUUCCGGAAGACCUGGUGGCGGAGCAGCUGACCUUCAUGGACGCAGAGCUCUAUAAGAAAGUGAUCCCUCACCACUGCCUCGGCUCCAUCUGGUCCCAGAGAGACAAGAAGGAGAACAAGCACAUUGCAACCACCGUCCGCGCCACCAUCACCCAGUUCAACAACCUUACCAAGUGUGUGGUGUGCACCGUGCUGAGGGGCCGGGACCUGAAGCCACAGCACCGUGCCAGGGUCAUCGAGAAGUGGAUCAACAUCGCGCAGGAAUGCCGGAUCCGGAAGAACUUCUCCUCCUUGCGAGCGAUCAUCUCGGCUCUCCAGUCCAAUCCCAUCUAUCGGCUGAAGAGGACCUGGGCCAGUGUCCCCAAGGACAGCAUGCUGAUGUUUGAGGAGCUCUCCGAUAUCUUCUCUGACAACAAUAACUACCUGACGAGCCGAGAGCUGCUGAUGAAGGAAGGCACUUCCAAGUUUGCGAACCUGGAGAGCUGCGUGAAAGAAAACCAGAAACGCACUCAGAAGAGGCUGCAGCUGCAGAAAGACACGGGAGCCAUGCAGGGCACUGUCCCCUAUCUGGGCACCUUCCUGACAGACCUCACCAUGCUGGACACUGCGCUGCCAGACUUCGUGGAGGGUGGUCUGAUUAACUUUGAGAAGAGACGGAGGGAGUUUGAGGUCAUUGCGCAGAUCAAGCUCCUGCAGUCCGCCUGCAACAGCUACUGCCUGAGCGCCAACCCAGCCUUCCUGCGCUGGUUCAGGAGCCAGCAGCAUUUAACUGACGAGGAGAGCUACUCCCUGUCCUGUGAGAUCGAAGGCGUCGCAGACAGCAGCCCCACAUCCCCAAAGCCUCGCAAGAGCAUGGUGAAGAGACUGAGCCUAUUGUUCCUGGGUAUGGACGCGGUGGCCAGCAGCACGCCGGUGAAGGAGAGCCCCAAGUCGCCCCCUAGUGGCAGCUCUGGGGAGAGCAUGGACUCGGUCAGCAUCUCGUCUAGCGACUCCAGCCCCUUGGAGCUUGAGGUGGCCUGCCUGACCCCCGAUGCACCCAUGAAGAAGCUCUCCUCGUCCUCGUCCUGCUCCUCAAUCCACUCCAUGGACACCUUGUCUUCAUCCCCCUCGCUGCCGGAGCCCCCCCCCACGCACAGGCGCUCCAUGUCGGGCUCCAGCGCACUCCCCCUGCCCGUCUACAACCAGCAGAACGAGGACAGCUGCAUCAUCCGGGUCAGCGUGCAGGCCAGCAACGGGAACCUGUACAAGAGCAUCCUGAGCUGCUGAUCCCAGACAAUGCCAAUGUGUUCUACGCCAUGAACAGCUCGGCCAACUUCGACUUCCUCCUGCGACACAAGGACUGGGCUGUGGGGGGCGGGUGGUGAAACUCCACAGCCACUCGAGCGCCACACUGCCGCGGGCCUGCCGGGGGGGGCUGCCUGAGCAACCGGCUGAGCAAGGUGACCCUGUGAGCGGGGAGAGAGGGGCAGCCACUCCACUCGCUGACACACACAGGAUCCCAGCCGUGCAGAGGAGAGCUGGCCUGGGUAACCCUCCCAGCAGACUCCCAGGCCCUGUCCUCGGCCUUGCGCAGCAGGGGCUCUACAGAUUGAUAUUUUGAUAUUUCAGACGUUUGGAAUAUUUUGCACACGAAGGAGAGAAAGCAGCUCCUCAUAGUUGUUUUCCUUUGUGUCCGGAAGGAGACAGGGACAGUGAUGAGUAGAUUGUAUUGAAUGAUGGAAUAAGGGAUGAAUAAGUGACAGAAAAGGGUUUCCUGAAUGUGGGCGACUCACAUGGACUGAAGAAGGGAUGGGGGUCCUUCCCUAGGCGGCUGGAUGACGAGUGCUUGUAACAAGUGUUCUGAUUGGCCCCUGAUUGGGCCCUAUUUUUUUGUUUGUUUCCCUCUCUAAUGAAUCCACUUCCUCUGGUUUUCUAUUGGUUUGUUUUUCUCUCUGGGGAGUGGCCAGAGCCUCAUCUUGGAGAGAGGAAGGAACUGACUGGUUAGUCUUCACUCCGUGGAGUUAGGUGCACUUGUUUUGGGAGAGGUGGGGUGAAGGGGAGGGUGGAUCUACCCUCGUGCUCCACCCAGCCCAGAAAUAUUUUGUAUGAUUGUUUUGUAAAUGUGUCCAAAAAAAAAAUGUAUAAGAAAGUGACAAAGGGCAAAAUAACAGAGAGAGCAGUAUUGUUCUUCAAAUCGCAUGGAGCUCCCUGUCUCUGAGACUCUCUUCAGCACGGAGCACAUGGAGCUCCCUCUCUGAGACUCUCUUCAGCACUGAGCACAUGGAGCUCCCUCUCUGAGACUCUCUUCAGCACUGAGCACAUGGAGCUCCCUGUCUCUGAGACUCUCUUCAGCACUGAGCACAUGGAGCUCCCUCUCUGAGACUCUCUUCAGCACUGAGCACAUGGAGCUCCCUCUCUGAGACUCUCUUCAGCACUGAGCACAUGGAGCUCCCUCUCUGAGACUCUCUUCAGCACUGAGCACAUGGAGCUCCCUGUCUCUGAGACUCUCUUCAGCACUGAGCACAUGGAGCUCCCUGAGA